UUGUUUUUCUAAUGACCUCUCUGACACAGAAAAGCAUUGGUCGCAGCUACAAUGAGUGCAUUGUCCAGGAUAACCUACAUGUCAAGCCUGACUUACCAGCAACUGCCUGCCCGGGCACCCACAACCCUAUAAUCAAAAGCGCAGACCUUCUCACACGGGACACAGGAAGGCUUUCAUUACGGCUUAUUUUGGAACUGGAAGACUAUUUUUGGCUACACGUCACAGUGUGCUGCUCUAAUAACAACAUGGGGAUUGUACUUUGGACCUUUUCUCUUCUGGCUCUUCCAGUGUUGCAGUCUGCCAAGAUCCUGACUAUCUGUCUAAUUGGAGGAAGCCAUUACUUGUUAUUUGAUGAAAUCUCUCAUAACUUACACCAGCAUGGCCACGAGGUCCGCAUGCUCUUGCAACUGGGAAACCCUGUUAUUACAGGUUUCUCCUACGAAGGCCGUGAAGACAGUUACCAAAUGAGCACCUGGUCCUUAGGAGAGAAGUACAUCAGAGAAUACAACGGCUGGUUCCUGGAGCAACAAACACAGUUUCUACUGGGAAGGGAUAACUUUUAUAACUUUCUAAACUUCAUGGGGCACCUGUCCUAUCAGUGUGACAAGCUGUUAGGGGACAACGAGAUCAUAACGUUCCUCCAGAGGCAACGCUUUGACAUCAUCAUCCUUGAUGCUUUCAACCCCUGUUCCUUCAUCCUGGCACACAGACUCGGUGUCCUGUACAUAGCUUUCUACCCUGGCACUCUGAACGGCCCUCUGUCCAUUGCUCUCCCCAGCCCCGUCUCCUACAUCCCAGUCUUCAGCUCCCGGCUCUCCGACCACAUGAACACCUGGGGCCGUGCAAAGAACCUCUUUCAUUCUGUCUUGGCUCCUGUAGGCCAAGAACUUAUAUGGUCGAAAUUUCGGGAAGUAGCUGAGCGCCACCUAGAGUCCGGCUCACCCCCUGGUGGUCUGGAGGAGCUCCACCAAGGAGCUGAACUCUGGGCCUUCAACACUGACUUCUCACUGGAGUUCCCUCAGCCUUUAAUGCCCUAUACUGUGCUGGUGGGAGGUCUACUGAAUAAACCCCCAAAGCCUCCGGAGCAGGAGCUUGAGUCCUGGAUCUCCAGUUUUGGAGAAGCAGGUUUCAUUGUCGUGACUCUGGGAUCGAUGGUCUCUGCGGUCUCUGUGGACCCUCUGCUUGUGGAGCUGGUGGCUGGCUUCUCCACGAUCCCUCAGGGGGUACUCUGGAGAUAUGACCCAAAGCGAUGGCCAUCUGACCUGGACAGACCUCCCAAUGUCAGGCUGGUGGACUGGCUGCCUCUAAAUGACCUGCUGGGCCACAAAAAAGCACGCCUCUUUAUCACGCACGGUGGACAAAACAGCCUUCUCCAGGCGGUGUACCAUGCUGUUCCUGUGCUGGGAAUCCCUCUGUUUGGAGACCAGUUUGAUAAUGUGGUAAGAGCCGAGACAAAGGGACUUGGCCUCAGCAUCCGCCCCACACACAUCACCAGGCAGCUGCUCCGCUCCGCUAUUCAAACACUCAUACAGGACACCAGGUUCAAGACUUCAGCUUUGUCCUGUAGCAGGAUCCACAAAUCCCACCCUGUCCCUCCAGGCCUUCGACUCAUCCAGUGGGUGGAUCACAUCCUGCACACUGGAGGUGGUGCUCACUUGAGGCCGACUUCAUUGUCGCAACCGUGGUACCAGAGAUACCUGUUGGAUGUGGUGCUUCUCCUCUCCCUGGGGCUUCUGGGACCUGUACUUCUCUGCUCGACCUUCUGUAGGAAUAAGAAUCACAGAAUUCAGCACAAAAAAAUUCAAUAGCAGCACCAAGCAUUUUGUCACGGAGACUUUGGAUUGAUACCCCAGUUGUGUCACUUGUUUAUCUUAGAGUUACUGUAUAUCAGAACCUUUUUUAUGAAUCCUUACAAUCCUAAGAUACUGUUAAUGUUCAAAAAUAAGCAGCUUACUACAAUUCACCUUUGUCAUACUGGGUACAACUUGCUUUGAACAGGUCCAGAAAAAAAAUAAAGCCCUGAGAACUAAAAUAUAACUUUAAAA